AUGAUAGCGAACGUAAAGGAUUUCAUCAAACUUCAUAAUGUGCCCAAAGAACUCGCUGAAAGGGUGCUGGACUAUAUCACUUCAAGUUGGUCUCUGACAAAAGGUGUUGACACCGACAUGAAUAGUUGGCUUAGCAAUGUUCGAAGUGUAUGCGAUUACGAAUACGGUCACAAAAUUGGCUCCUCGUACGUCCCACUUGGCAUGCAACGGACUCUUGUCCUGAAUUUUAGUUAUCAUGGAAACAUCAUAAAGCUCCGGGGUGCACCGGCUCGCAAAACGCCAAGGUCCACUCAAGAAUGGCUAAAAUUUUGGCCUCGACCAGGCCUUGUCACCAUUCAGGUUGGAUUCGAAGCUCGACUCUGUGAGACUAUCAGCCUCCCCGACGAACUCAAACCAGACAUUUGCUUAUCAGAUGUUAGCAUGCAAUCUCUUGUCUCUGAAGGUAUGGAUUGCAGGGCACUGCGUUCUCGGGAAGACGCAGAAUUGAGUUGAUCCGUGUUCUCCGAGCACCCUGCCUUCCGGUUGGCAAGCGACAGUUGCCUGCGUGCUCUGGCUGUUGGCUUCACGACAAUACACACUGCACCCGGCGACCUUAUCUUCCAUCAGGGCGAGAGCAUUGAUCAGCUUUGCUUCGUCGCUUCCGGCUCCCUCGAGGUGAUCCAGGAUGAGGAGGUGGUCGCUAUACUGAGUGAAUGA